AAUGAGCAGAAUAAUUUGAAAAAGAAAAUAUUAAAAGGAGAGAGAGAAAGGAAGGAGGGAAAUGAAAUUUAGAAUAGUUUGCCCUAAUCAGAAUUGGAAGAACCUCUUUACGAAGGCGCGAAACUUGCUCACUGUUGGACGCGCUUACGCUUCCUCCGCCGCCGCCAUGCCUGACCUUCAGAUCCACAAGACCAAACUCUGCAUCAUCGGAAGCGGCCCCGCCGCCCACACCGCCGCCGUCUACGCCGCCCGCGCCGAGCUCAAGCCGCUCCUCUUCGAGGGCUGGAUGGCCAACGACAUCGCCCCCGGCGGCCAGCUCACCACCACCACCGACGUCGAGAACUUUCCCGGCUUCCCCGACGGCAUCCUCGGCGGCGAGCUCAUGGACCGCUGCCGCAAGCAGUCGCAGCGCUUCGGCACCGAGAUCCACACCGAGACCGUCUCCAAGGUCGAUUUCUCCGCCCGUCCCUUUAGGGUUUUCACCGAUUCCCGCACCGUCGAGGCCGACGCCGUCAUCGUCGCCACCGGCGCUGUCGCCAAGCGAUUGCCGUUCACCGGCUCCGGCGACGGCCCCGACGGCUACUGGAACCGUGGCAUCUCCGCGUGCGCCGUCUGCGACGGUGCCGCGCCGAUUUUCCGGAACAAGCCGCUGGCGGUGAUCGGCGGCGGGGACUCGGCCAUGGAGGAGGCGACGUUCCUCACCAAGUACGGUUCCGAAGUUUACAUAAUCCACCGGAGGGACUCGUUCAGGGCCUCGAAGAUAAUGCAGAGCAAGGCCUUGAGCAAUAGUAAGAUCAAGGUGAUUUGGAAUUCGGUGGUGGUGGAGGCGUAUGGUGAUGGGGAUAACAAGAGGGUUCUUGGGGGACUGAAGGUGAAGAAUGUGGUGACACAAGAGGUUUCUGAUUUGAAGGUUUUUGGGUUGUUUUUCGCAAUUGGGCACGAGCCUGCGACCAAGUUUUUGGAUGGUCAGCUUGAACUGGAUUCUGAUGGGUACAUUGUCACGAAGCCAGGGACCACGAAGACCAGUGUUGAGGGAGUGUUUGCUGCUGGGGAUGUUCAGGACAAGAAGUAUAGGCAAGCUAUUACCGCUGCUGGCACUGGAUGCAUGGCAGCGUUGGAUGCAGAACAUUACCUGCAAGGUAUUGGUUUACAACAGGAUAAGAGUGAUUGACUAGCUUUGGUGUGUCCAGAGUUCAAAAGAUGUUUAAUUAGAAGCAACGUUUGAUUCAUGCAGAAGAAUGAAAAUAUCUGUCUGCAUCCUGCUAGAAUCUUCAUUUGUGUGUUGCUAUUCAUAGUUAAAUCGCAGAUACAUAAACUUGCAUUAUUUUAUUAACACCAUAGAUACUCAAAUGCACACAUUCAUGUAUUAUGAUUAUUUGGCGCUUGUUAUAUGGCAUUAUUGUGACAAUGCAAAUAUAUUUGCUUGCGUGUUGGAACUCGUGCAUUUCAUAGACUA